CCCUGCCUCUACCCUUCCCACCAAGCUCUAUCUUCCACAUUCUACUUCUCUGUCUCACUUCUCUCUGCUUUCCACAGAUGAAAUCCUUCAUAUUCUACAUUCUAACAAUCCAACCACUUGCCCACUUGACCCUUUACCAUCUUCCCUCUUUCAGACAAUUGCUCCUGACCUCCUUCCGUUCAUCACUCACAUCAUUAACACCUCUCUAUCAUCUGGUCAUGUUCCAUCAACUUUUAAGACUGCCAGAGUGGUUCCUAUCUUGAAGAAACCAACUCUAGACAGCUUGGAUGUUGGCAACUACAGGCCAGUUUCUCUCCUCUCUUUCCUUUCUAAAGUCCUUGAGCGUGCUGUCUACAACCAACUUUCUCUCUUUCUCACUCAGAACAAUCUUCAGGAUCCAAACCAGUCUGGCUUCAAACCUGCACACUCUACUGAAACUGCCCUCAUUGCAGUUACAGAGAAGCUCCAUGCAGCAAAAGCAACCAACAUGUCAUCUGUUCUGAUUCUCCUUGAUCUCUCUGCUGCUUUCGACACGGUCAACCACAGCAUUCUCCUUUCCAUCCUCACCAGCCUUGGAAUCACUGGCUCUGCAUGGCAGUGGUUUGCAUCGUACCUGGAGGACCGUUCCUACCAGGUUUCAUCCCGCAUCUCAGCAUGUCUCAGUGAUGUCUCGAUGUGGAUGAGUUCUCAUCACCUAAAACUCAACCCCAGCAAGACUGACCUUCUGUUCAUCCCAGGAACUACGAGCCUUCACAACAAUAUCUCCAUCUCUUUCGACAACUCACUGGUCACUCCAUCAGCAGAAGCACGAAGCCUUGGUGUAGUAAUGGAUGACCAGUUAUCAUUCUCGAGCCAUAUUGCAAAUCUGACUCGGUCAUGCAGAUUUCUCCUGUACAACAUCCGAAGAAUUCGACCGUUUCUGUCUCAGGAAGCCACUCAGGUGCUUGUGCAGUCUCUUGUCAUCUCAAGACUUGACUACUGCAACUCUCUACUGGCUGGUCUUCCACUGAGAGCCACCAAACCACUACAAUUAAUUCAGAAUGCUGCAGCACGACUCGUCUUCAAUCUUCCGAAGUUCAGUCAUGUGACUCCUUUGCUGCGUUCCCUCCACUGGCUUCCUGUUGCCGCCCGCAUCCGAUUCAAAACCCUGACGCUGGCCUACAAGGCAAAAAACGGACCAGCUCCUUCAUACUUGAUGGCGAUGGUCAAAGCCAGAUCUGCACCAAGAGCUCUUACAGCUUCCAGUACGGCUCGGCUCGAACCUCCAUCACUCAAAACACACAGAAAACAGACAUCCAGACUCUUCUCUGUGCUGGCACCAAAGUGGUGGAAUGAACUUCCACUGGAUGUCAGAACAGCAGAGUCACUCGCCGUCUUCAAACGUCGACUGAAGACACAUCUUUUUAAAGAGUUCCUACACAAAAAAAAAAAAAGGUUCCUAGGGUUCUAAACAUGAUUAAGUUCUAUGUAUCUCUUGAUCCUAGUCUACAAACUAGCUUUGGAUAUCUUAAGUAACUUUGAAGCACUGUUGUAAGUCGCUCUGGAUAAGGGCGUCUGCUAAAUACUG